AUGUCAAGUAUUGCAGGAGUCUUGAGUUUUAAUGAUGAAAAUAAAAAAAGAAAUGUUCAAGGAUUUCAAAGUGUAACAUUUCUAAUUAAGGUUGAAAAACUUCCAGAAGAAGAUACUCAAGCACGUUUAUUUUUCCUUGAUGGGGAACCGGUAGAAGAGUGUGAAAUACCUUCUGGUAUAAAAUGUAAAGAGAUCAAUGAAAAUGAGACAGUUAAAAACAAAAGUCCGUUUUUAGGACAAAAUUUUUUUCUGAUUAAUCAUCCGAAAAAAUAUGAAAUUUACUAUGAAGGUAUGAAGAUUUUUGCAAUGAUUCCGGAAAAAAAGAGAUAUACUAUUCAUAAUUUUGAUAAACCUGAUAAUGUUAAACAAUAUGAGGAUGAAAAGCGUAUAAACAAAGCCAUUAACACUAUCAUCAAAUAUGAAGUAAAUUAG